CCAAAAACCUUCAGCACAGAGCAGCAGAGAGUUGUGCUAUGGACCUAGACGACUUAGAAGCGCCGAGCCAGGUCCCCUCUCGAGUCUCCAAAUUCGCGCCAAAAUCAUCAAAGCUCAAACCUAAACUGAAAUCGGAACGUACACCCAAAGCUGAACCUAAACCCGAACCCAACGCAUCAUUCUCCAAAUCAGAGCCACAGGAAUUCGAUAUAACUGCCAAAAGGAAUGAAGAUAACGUGGAAACAGGGGCUUCAACUCAUUCGAAGCCCGAACCCAACGACACCGUCAAAAUGGACGUUGAACCCAAGUUUGAGACCGAAGACGAAUCAAGACAAGGCCAAGGCGAUCCCAUGGAUGAAGACAGCGCCGAAGACACAGUCGUGCGCGAAAUCGACGUCUUCUUCACACCUUCUAUCGAUUCCGACACUCAGUUAUACGUUUUGCAAUAUCCCUUGAGACCUCGUUGGAGACCGUACGAGUUAGAUGAACAAUGCGAAGAGGUCAGGUUGAAACCUGGGAGUUCAGAAGUGGAGAUUGACUUAUCCGUUGACUUUGAGUCCAAGAAUUUUGACAAAGAGUUUGCCAACGAAAUCAACUAUACGAAGCAGACUUUAUCAACUUCGUGGAAGCCACCUCGUGCAAAUGGCUGUGCUGUCGGUCUUCUUAUGGGUGAUAAGUUACACCUGCAUCCUAUUCAUGCAGUUGUGCAGCUCCGACCAUCACCACGACAUUUUAAUUCUGGUGGUUCAAAAAGGAAGAACGUUAUCUCCACUGGUGCAAAUGCUACUGUCAAAGUUGAGGGGUCAAUUGAAGAAAAGUCUGUUGCUACAUCAAAGAAACUGAAUAAGCAGUCAAUUGAGCAAAAGAGUGAUGUUAAUGAGUGCUGGGUUCCUCUCAAAUACCAUGACUGUAAGAGUGAUAUCUCCUCUAGAUAUUUGCAGCAAAUGGUGGCCCAAGAAAGUUCUCCAAUGAACUUCACAAUGAGCGCGUAUGACUAUGUCACUACACUUUGUCCUGGAGUGAGCAGCAACAUUUUACCCAAUGGUCCUUCUAAAAGGUACCUUCUAUCAUUGCCUGUGGAAGAACGUCUUAAGAAAAUGCUUAAAGAGGGUUCUCCACUUCAUCGUUUCAGUGCUAUUAAGCACUUUGCUCCUGAAUACUCUGAGGUGGAACUGCUGGAUUUCCUGCAGCAGCAUGCAAUAUUGGUACAGGGACUCUGGGCUCCAAAAAGUGCAUUGCUAUAUCCUCAGGGUGGUAUGGAAAAUUUAGCCAGAGAUUAUGUCCUACUAUUGUUUAGCAAGAAUUUGAAAGUUCAGCCUUCCGAUGUGAAUGUUCGAGGUGAACUUGGUAAUCAUGUGAAAAACUUCCUCAAGAUAUAUGGCUUGGAAAGAUGUGAUCUAAGUAACUCUGCUGCAGAACCAAAGUCUUACUGGAAGUUUAGAGAGCUUCCUGAUGAGUCAUUCAAAAAACUCUAUCCAAAUAUUGUUGAGAAACAAGAACAACUUUUCAAAGGUUUGGAACAACAUGUUGCUUGUAAUGUUGGAAAACGUAAACUUGGUAAAAAUGCUGUAGCAAACCGGAGUGUGAAUAGUGAACUUGUUAAAUCAGCAAAUUCUGAUCAACGAGUAACAAGUCCGGGUGGAGUGCCUCCUAGGAAGAUGACCAUGUCAAAUGAAACUCGACAUGCUCUGCCAAUUGCCCUCAAGAAACUUUUUCAGAAUUACAAAGUUUGCAGCUUCCAAAUGAUUUGCCAAGGAUUGCGUGGAAUGGCGGUUGACAAAAGUAUGCUUCCAAAGGGGGAUUUUAAAAUUGCUGUAGAUGCAGCUCAUAGUCUUGAUGGUCCACAUGAUGAGCUGAAGGCGGUCAUAAGUGAAGUUGCCUGCGAUAUCCAUGGUUAUUAUGUGUUAAAGUCAUCACAGGAUGAUGCAUUCAGAGAUGUUGUAAUUGAUAUGCUUCGUGGAAGUGGACCCAGUGCCAAGCUGAAGAAGGCUGAGAUACUUGAAGCUGCAAGGAGAAAACUGAGUAGAGAGGUCACUAGCAAUGAAUAUACCAAGGUCAUGAAUGAAUUAUGUGUCUCAAAAGGUUCUGUUUGGUGUUUGAAAAGCGGUGAUGGAAGUAUGUAAAGAUCUGAGGUCUUGCUGAUUGGGUUGAGCGAAAAUUAUAUUGGGUUUAUGUUGUUAUCCUUCCUUCCUUUUAUUUUUUUAUUUUUGGGGGGAAAGGAUUGAACUGCCCACCUGCAAAAAUGAAUUUUUGAUUUGCCCAUCGAAUGGAAAUCAUACGUGCUACUUCUUUCGCUUGAAUAUAGAUAUUCGUAAUCGAGGUUAUUUUAUGGGGUAUGUUUUUCUCAUGUUACAUGAGAUAACAUAUCCUUCCUACUCAUACAUCAAAAGUUGUGCUAGGAUUUAUUUAUCUUUUUACCUUUUUUUUAAAAGAGUGGAUCCCACAUGUUUUGUGUCUAUGGCAUGAGAAGUCU